CGAAAAAGUUGAUUCAAAAGUUGAAAGUCCAGGUUGCUGAGAGAUCUUCUCAAUCAAUCUUGUUGUUCCCAUAUAUCAACUCCUUGUCCGCUAACUUUGCGUGUGCCCCUCCUGCCAACAUAUAUUUGGUUUCUACAUUGCCAGCGGCUUCUCCGCAUCUCGAUCUUUUCCCACCAAGUUUCCCCUCACCAUUACGUCUCGAGAUUUUUCCCUUGACCAUCUCCUUCCGCAGCCAUGGCCAACACACCUCAUGGUGGAGUGUUGAAGGACCUCAUUGCUCGAGAUGCUCCUCGUCACAAGGAGCUUGCCGCUGAAGCGGAAACUCUCCCUGCCAUCGUCCUCACCGAGCGACAGCUGUGUGAUCUCGAACUCAUUCUCAAUGGCGGCUUCUCUCCUCUCGAAGGCUUCAUGAGUGAAAAAGACUACAACGGUGUGGUGGAGAAUACUAGACUCGCUGAUGGCAAUGUCUUCAGCAUCCCUAUCACUCUUGACGCCGACGCCCAGACUGUCGAGAAAUCCGGUCUAAAACCUGGUGCCCGCGUCACCCUGCGGGACUUCAGAGACGACCGAAACCUUGCCAUUCUUACUAUUGAAGAUGUCUACAAGCCCAACAAAGAUAAGGAGGCCAAGGAGGUCUUCGGAGGAGACCCAGAACACCCUGCCAUCAGAUAUCUCUACGACACCGUCAAGGAAUUCUACGUCGGUGGCAAGCUUGAAGCCGUUAACCGACUGAAUCAUUAUGACUACACAGCCUUAAGAUACACUCCUGCCGAACUACGCACUCACUUCGAGAAGCUUGGCUGGUCCCGCGUGGUCGCCUUCCAGACCCGUAAUCCCAUGCACCGAGCCCACCGAGAGUUGACCGUUCGGGCUGCUCGAGCUCGUCAGGCUAAUGUCCUUAUCCACCCUGUCGUUGGUUUGACCAAGCCUGGUGACAUUGACCACUUCACCCGAGUGCGCGUGUACCAGCAGAUUUUGCCAAAAUACCCCAACGGUAUGGCAGUCCUCGGUCUCCUAGGCCUUGCCAUGCGCAUGGGAGGACCGCGCGAAGCCAUUUGGCACUCCAUCAUCCGCAAGAACCACGGAGCUACCCACUUCAUCAUCGGCCGCGACCAUGCUGGCCCAGGCAAGAACAGCAAAGGCGUCGAUUUCUAUGGCCCAUAUGACGCCCAGCACGCCGUGGAGAAAUACAAGGAUGAGCUGGGCAUCGAAGUGGUCGAGUUCCAACAGAUGACCUACCUGCCCGAGACCGAUGAAUACCGACCCAAGGAUCAAGUCCCCGAAGGCAUCAAGACCCUCGAUAUCUCCGGCACUGAGCUCCGCAGACGGUUACGAGUCGGCGCCCCCAUCCCUGAAUGGUUCUCAUACCCCGAAGUUGUCCAAGUCCUACGAGAGUCCAACCCGCCUCGUGCCACCCAAGGCUUCACCAUCUUCCUCACCGGAUAUCUCAAUUCCGGCAAAGACGCCAUUGCCCGUGCUCUGCAGACGACGUUCAACGAACAGGGCGGCCGACCAGUGUCGCUCCUGCUAGGCGAGACUGUCCGGUCAGAAUUGUCGUCAGAGCUCGGAUUUACCCGAGAGGACCGCGACCGCAACAUUGCGCGCAUUGCGUUCGUCGCCGGCGAACUGACCAAGGCGGGUGCAGCCGUCAUCGCAGCGCCCAUCGCACCUUUUGACGCUGCGCGCAAAGACGCCCGCAAGACAAUCGAGCGCUUCGGUACAUUCUUCCUGGUCCACGUGGCCACCAGUCUGGAAUACUCAGAGAAGACCGACCGCCGUGGAGUGUACCAGCAUGCGCGUGAGGCUGGGAUCAAGAACUUCACUGGUGUGACUGACCCUUACGAGGCUCCCUCGGACGCCGACUUGGUCGUCGAUACUGAGAAGCAGACGGUCCGCAACAUUGUCCACCAGAUCAUCCUGCUCUUGGAGAGCCAGGGAUUCUUGGGAUCCUCAUAGGGGAGAAAGAAGGAUCAGUGAUGGUGAUGGUGAAAAAGAAUAAACAUGACCACAAGGCUUGGGAUAUAGACUCGUAUCUGGCAUGACUACACAAAAGAAACACACGAGCGUGUGGGUAGUAGAAUCAGGAAGGGCGACUCAAGUCAAACGUUUGUUUGUGGCUUUGCGAUUGCACGCGAGACGACUAUGCAUCAAUGCUUUCAGAUGUCUAGAGUUUCAUGUGGUCGGGCCAGGGACACCAUAGCAUUGAGGAGUAAUGCGAAAAAGAUAAACCACCAAUAGAUAGAUAUGGAUAAUCUUGG